GUUUUGUUUCCUCUUCCCCACGUUCUGACCAACUCUUCCCUCAAAGGUCAGAGUUUCAUCUAAGAGUUGGGUCUUCAGAGGGAUGAUUGGUUGAUAAGGGUUAGAAUUUGUAGAAUGUGGGAAUCUUUUAAUCCCAAGAAAAAUGGAGAGUUAAUUGGCUUGGAUAUGAUCUUUAUUGACGAAAAGGAAAAUUUGAUGCAUGCUACAAUCAACAAGAAACUAUAUAACAAGUUUAAGGAUAAGUUGACUGAAGGUUCUUUGUCUGUUAUCAAGAAAUUCAAAGUUGUUGAAAAUAGUGGUAGAUAUAGGCCUGUUGAAAGUAAUUUUAAAAUUAAUUUCUUACUUAAAACUGUUGUCAAGAGUCUAAAAGAAGAUGUUAGUAUUCCUAUAAAUGGAUUUCAGUUUAUCACACCAGAUAUGAUCGACUCAAGGGUGAACAAUAACACUGUGUUAUCAGAUGUGGUGGGCUAUUUGUGCGGAGUUGGAGACAUGGAGAUUGUUGGCUCGAGGUGGAAAAAAAGGGACAUUCAAAUUGUUACUAAUCAUUCUGUCAAAGCAAAAAUUACUUUAUGGGAAGAAUUUGGUGAGAAAUUCGAUCCUUAUUUGUACAAGAAUGAUUCUGGCCCGUAUAUCGUGAUAGUAACCGCUACAACAGUUAAAGAAUUCCGUGGUGAGGUUAGCUUCGCCACCAGCUACGCAAGCAAAAUAUUUGUAAAUCUCAAUGUAGACUACAUAACUUCUUUGAUCCAAAAGUUUGCAACCGUCUCUGCUGGAGUACAAACUAUUGAACGUUCUAAUGUUAAUAGCAUUUCGAUUGAGGAAGAAAUGUUUUUUAACAGGAUGAACAUCAAGAAGUUGUUGGAUUGCGACUGGAGUCCUGAAUUAGAGGAAUACAUUGUUACCAUGAGGGGAGAGAUUACAAAAAUAGACAACCAUUUUGGUUGGUACUAUAUUUCAUGAAAUGCGUGCUCAAAGAAGAUCGAAGCUGAAAAUGGUGUCUAUAUUUGCCAUAUUUGAAACAAAGAAUGCAAGUUUUCUUUGGUGAAGUAAGGAACCAAUCUCUAAUGUGAAUUUGAUUCAUGUUAUUAUUUAAACUAACUUAUUAU